AUGUUCCUCUGUAUGCAGGCAGCAUCUGAGACACUCCAGGGUAACUACCCCGCUUCUCCUUCAGGCAUGCUACCGUUCUACUGUGCUACCGUUCUACUGUACUACUUGAGAGAACUCCAGUUCUGUACCUUCCCGAGUGCUGCAAGCCUUCUGCGGAAAGUAGAUAAUGGGGCGCGUUUCUCCUCUUCGAAGACGCUUUCCACAAAUUCAAUAUACCUAGGGUCUGUCUCUGCCACUGAUUUCUUUUUCUUCCUCCGCCUUGCUAUCCUCAAUCCUCCUCCUGAUUUACCAAUUGAAAAGAUCUUCAAGAGUGAUAUCAAUCAUCUUUCGCGACUACACCGAGACAAAAAAAUGGCGGCCUCACACUAUCGAAAUCCUAGUUACCCCUCCCUGACAUCAGUGGCCAACACUAAAGGCAGAGAUGACUUGUAUAGCUUUCUGGACGUUCUACACGAACGUUUUAACUUCCCAAUGCCUUCGGAAAAGACGAGAGGACUUCCAUAUGUCGAGAAACUGAGAGACCUUCUAAAAUUGGGUCCAGAGAGGAUACACAGUGCCAUAGAUACGCUUGAAACCAUUUUGAACGGGCCAGGAAAAACUGGGAAAGGAAAAUACACCACAAAAAAUCUUCUGACUGAGUUUGACAAAAUCUUGGAGUUUGAGUUGUCUACGUCUAUAGACUUCUCAAGUGAUAGGGAUACAUCGGUACUUCCACUUUUAAACUGGGAUAAACACCAGCCAACGAAUAGCAAACGGCAGGACCGCCAUGGUAGAACGUCAUCACUCGCUGAAAAGCUAUCCCAAUACCGCGAGAAGCUCAUCCUCAGCGAAGAUGAGUCCGCCGGGGGAUCAAUAACGGACAUUGAUUCGGAUGAUGACUCAUUUCAUUCUUGCUCCGAUACACCACCCUUAUCAAACCGUGUUCAACAGAUACCUGAGCUUGAGCCGGCCUCAAGCUCAAAUCUCCCAGGAAGCGGAGGUUUCAGCGAAAACUUUCAAAGACACCAAUUCAUAGAAAACAUAUACCCCAAUUCUGAUAUUAUCCAGAGAACAUCAUAUCUCCGUUCAUCGGGAUCGGGAGGAACCGGCAGGCAUAGACCGCGUCUAUUAAAACAGACCCCUGGAACGGUGCCUGAGACCCAUCGAUGUUCCAAUGCUUCAAGUGGUUACAAUAAAAUCGGACAAGAUUAUAUCUCUUCGAGGAACUCUAAUACGUCUGUCGACAAAACCCGAACCGUAAGGGCCAGUGCUAAUAACAAGCCGAGGACUCGGACUCCACGCCUAUCCGCGGUUGAAACCGAGGAGGUGUACAAUGGGGAUCUCGAUAGUGAAACAACAGACAUCGAUGAUGUUAAAAUAGACCCCACCACUCUAAGCAAUCGGCUUUCUAUGCUCGCAAAACAGGAUGAACUUUCUCUCAGGCAUUUAGCAAAUGGUGGAUCGGGAUAUAUGGGUAUAGAUGCAAAUGGAAAAGAUGAUGAUGAGGAUGACAUUCGAAAGAUGGCUGAACCCCUUGAGGAAGAAUCUGUAUCCUACCCAGACUCUCCCUCAAACAGAGAAGGAGACCUGACACCCGAAGAGGACGAGGAGAAAGCCUUUGAUGAGGUUUCGGGUCUUCCCGUUGAUGAUUUGCGGGGUGGCCUAGGCAGGGCGACAAUCACUCGACAGCCAGAGGGAGAGGGAGCGCGAGGAGAGAGAGUGCCCUUUGUGGGGCCGGGAAGCGAUCUUAACGCCAGUAACGAUGAAGAUGAAGACCAUGACGAUGAUUAUGGCUCAAUAGAUGCCAGUUCCGAGGACGAGGUUAUGAAUCAUCCCGCCUUGAAGCCAGCGGCGCAUCCUUUACCAACGCUUCCUUUUCCCGUGCAGUGGGAAGCCACUCGAGUAGCUCUGCACCAGAAAAUCCAGAACAGUACCAUCUGUGACUAUCUCAAUGGCUUCUGUGAUGAUCUCUUCAAUGCAGAAGAAUAUAAUGACGUGUGGAAAAUUUUGACUCGGUUUCCAGACACCGCGAAGCUUCUGGAAAGGACCAGUGAAGCUAUUUGGAUGAGUUUAAAGCACAAAUCCGGAUGGCUCGACAGUACUUACCUCACGGGGUCGGUCCACCUUGACACCGUAAAUAUGGGUUCAGAAUCUAAGAUCCCUUUACGUAUCACACUCAAUCCACUACUAAGAGUCCGUGGAAAUCGAUUCUUCAAUCGAUUUGGGUCUGAUAGAUUUCUACAUCUUCGGCUUCCAUCUUUUCAAAAGCUCUCUGAUGAGUCUGAAAAAGCGCGUGCCCGGAUCAUCGAUUGGUUGGUGGAAGAAGAGUUAGAACUCCUGAAUAGAAGAUGGAAGUGUUUUUACAUCAAGCAUCCCCAGGACAGUACGAAAAACUCCAGUGCGAAAUAUUUUAAUCAAGCGGUAUUUUUCGCUAUAGAGGGUGUUGGGAUUGGAGAAAACAUCGAUGAGCAGGAACUAGAGGCAUUAGGGUUUAUAAACGACCAUAGGAAAUUGAGGCACAAAAUGAGCGCUCGUGAUUUACUGGAGUGGCAUAUUCCCCUCCAAGGAAAAAACUUGAAAGACACGGUCUCAAAGUUUUGGUCACGAAUAAGUUUAGGAUUCUCCGGUGGAACCCCUACCGUUACCGUCAACCCCUCAAUGAUUGAAUUUGUCAACGGUUUUCGAUCUCCUAUCGGUGAGGUGAUGGAUGACGGCUGCUCUAUCAUCUCUCCGGCGCUGAUGAAAAUGGUCCGUCGAGAGCUUGAUUCUGAGUCAACCCCAACAGCUGUUCAAGCGCGCAUAGGCGGUGCUAAAGGUGUCUGGAUGGUGGAUCCUGACGGCGACUGGAACUCAGAAGAGCUCUAUAUAAACGUCAAAACUGACUCACAACUGAAAUACGAGGGUCAUGAGAAUGAUAAUGACUGGGCAAGGUUAACGUUGGACGUUCUCGCUUCAUCGCACGACCCGAAACCAGCAAAUAUCAAUGUCCAGUUGAUUCCAAUCCUUGCUGAUCGUGGUGUGCCUUUCUCCGUAAUGAAAGAGCUUCUGGAAGAACAUCUGGAAGGGCACCUUAAUGAGCUCUUCCAGACAAUCGAUGAACCCGUCCAGUUACGAAAGUGGCUAUACGACCAUGGAGGCUUGGCAAGGGAACGAAUUAGUUCAAAAACUACAUGUAUGCCAACUUGUGGCGCCCUGCCAAAUAAUACACACGAGAUUGCCAUACUACUACUUGAAAGCGGGUUUUCGGUGCGCGAGUGCCAAUACCUGUACACGCAGGUCUCGUCAUAUAUCGAUCAGCACUGUACAAAUCUGAAAAAAAGGCUGCACAUAAGAAUUCCCCAUUCAACACGUCUCCUUUGUGUGGCGGAUCCAACAUGUACAUUGAAGGAGGGCGAGGUAUCCCUAAGGUUCUCCAAUGGGAUUCUAGACCCAAAAACAAUGAGGCGGACGACUGUCAUACUUGGCGAUAUACUUGUAGCGCGAGAGCCGGCCCAGUUACCUUCAGACAUACAAAAAGUUAAAGCAGUUGAUAUUCAGGACUACCACUCCCCAAAGUUGAGAGAGUUACAAGAUGUUAUCGUAUUCUCUGUUAAAGGUAACAGAAGUCUUGCAUCUUUAUUGUCAGGAGGAGACUUUGACGGCGACAAGCCCUGGGUUUGCUGGGAUGAACGUGUAGUCGCAUCCUUCCAAAACAGUGUCAGUACAUUUGACGAAUACCGUGAACUGGUUGAAGCAGAAUUUGAGAGGUCGGAAGAACGGAUGGAAGAUCUAGAGCCACACGAGCCAGAUUUUUACAAUCGCUUUUUGAGAAUCGGAAUAGCGAACUCCCUCCGGGAAGACUUCUUGGGGCGUUUUACUGCUGCAUGGGAAAGAGUUUGUUACCACAAGGGGAUUUCAGACCCAGAAACCAUCAAAAUAGCGAUAAUGUGUUCUUUCCUUGUCGAUGCUCCAAAACAGGGGCUAUCGGUCCGCCCUUCGACAAGAGAACAUGUACAAAAGCGUUCGAGGUUUCCGCCGCCUGCGUACAAAAACCCCGACGCCAAGGGAGACGUUUUGAGAAAUAGCACUAAUGUGAUUGAUCGGUUGCGCUUUGUCACUGAGCAGAAAGUGGAGGAAAUGAAGAUCGCGUUCAACAAAGGUUUUGGAGGGACCUGGAAGUUUGACCCGAUGUUGUCGGAACUUUAUAAUAACGAGUCUAAAUUGGCAAAAGGAGAGAUGGGAGAGCCAUUGCGCAAAACAUUAUCCCAUCUGAGAGACGAAUUUCGCACUUUGUAUAACUCAUGGAGGGUGGCAGCGAACUCCAAGUGUGGGUAUAAAAGCAAUGUUUCAAGUCAUUAUAGUCAGUUCAAGGAGAUAAUGCCCCCGAAGGACUUGCUCAAGGACCCAGUCAUCAGUCGUUUGGUCCUGAACGCAGAUUCCAACCUUUCGUACUGGAGUCUCCUCAGAGCCUCCGCAGCACAUUAUAUGUGGCAUGCAGAACGCACCCAGGCAUUUAUGUGGCUCAUGGCUGGUCGCGAACUUUGUUUUAUUAAGUCUCAAGCAAUGGGGAGAAAGUCUGAGUUUGGGCCACGGACAAUGAUAGAGGAGAUAAGAGGACUCAUGAUGAUUGACCUCAAAUACCAUCUCAGAAUUCCAUAA